UAGCAAUGUUGUAAUCCCAAGCAUAUAACAAGAUGGCUUCUUUUCAUAUCCUUGUGCUCGUGGUUGCUAUGGUCACAUUGAUGAUCCCUACGAAUGCAAACCUCUCUCCCCAUUUCUAUGAUAAAGUAUGCCCUCAGGCAUUGCCAGUCAUAAAGUCAGUGGUUCAACGAGCAAUUAUCCGUGAGGGACGCAUCGGAGCAUCUCUUCUGCGCUUGCAUUUCCAUGAUUGUUUCGUAAAUGGGUGUGAUGGAUCAAUAUUGCUAGAUGACACCCGAAACUUCACUGGCGAGAAGACAGCAUUGCCAAAUCUUAAUUCAGUCAGAGGAUUUUCGGUGGUUGAUGAAAUCAAAGAAGCGGUGGACAAAGCCUGCAAACGCCCUGUGGUCUCAUGUGCAGAUAUCUUGGCCAUUGCAGCUCGUGAUUCUGUAGCCAUAUAUGGGGGUCCACACUAUUGGUACCAAGUAUUGUUGGGCAGAAGAGAUGCAAGAACUGCAAGCAAAGCUGCUGCAAAUUCCAAUCUUCCUCCUCCAUCUUUCAGCUUCUCACAACUUGUUUCCAACUUCAAAUCCCACGGCUUAAACGUGAGGGACCUUGUGGCCCUCUCUGGAGGCCACACCCUAGGGUUUGCAAGGUGCAGCACCUUCAGAAACAGAAUCUACAACGCAAGCAACAACAACAUAAUAGACCCAAAAUUUGCAGCAUCUUCGAGGAAGACAUGUCCGCGAAGCGGAGGAGACAACAACUUGCAUCCAUUUGAUGCUACUCCUGCGAGAGUUGACACUGCAUAUUACACGAAUUUGCUGCACAAAAAGGGUCUUCUCCAUUCUGAUCAAGAGCUGUUCAAGGGAAAAGGCACAGAAAGUGACAAAUUGGUGCAACUGUAUAGUAGAAGCCCUUUGGUUUUUGCUAGAGAUUUUAAAGCUUCCAUGAUCAAGAUGGGGAACAUGAAGCCUCUCACUGGGAAGAAGGGAGAGAUCAGAUGCAAUUGCAGAAGGGUCAAUUAAUUAAUUAGAAUUGCAAAUUGCAAGGUCUGGAUUACAAUAGUGGUACAUACAGUGGAAAGAAUAAGAAAUCGUAUUAUAUUAUAAGCUUAGUCAUGCCAAUUUUACUUUUUUUUUUAUGAGCAGAUAUUAGUUUGUUAUUUUUAUUAAAAAUAUCAAUUGAGAGAUUUCCAACUUAUC